AUGGAGAAGGAAAGUGGAUGUGGCAGCUCAGCCAGCUCCCAGCAUGCCUUGUGGCCAGCACUGUCAACAGGGCCUUUGGAGUCCCGCUCAGAGAGGGGCCUGCAGCUGCACACGUGCCCAUCCUCUUACCCCUCCAGGGUGGACUUCUUAUGGAUGCCAGGCUCUGAGCUGGGCACCUUUAAUAGCUACCUGUGGCUGCUGGAUCACCUGGCCCAGCUGGGCAAUUACACAUCUUUCCACUUCAGACGCUACCAGGAUAACAUAUCCUCAGCUGCACCUGAGAGAUGGGCACCUGAGAAGCUGGGCGUGGGCCGCCCCCACCUCCCAGGAGAUCUGCCAUUGUCUGACGAUGACGAGUUCUUCUGCCAGUAUCUUGAGGACAUUAUGCUAGACCCACACACGCUUGCUGAGUAUCAUGCUGUAGUGCCCUGGCCCCUGCCCCUACCUACCCCUACCCCAGCUGUGCGCCAGCCACUAGUGGCCCCACGGCUGUUUGUGGUAAGGCAGUACUUAGCUCAGUUCUUGGAAGCCCAAGCUCUCAACAUGGGUGCUCCUCCUGGGCCUGUCUCGGCUGCUCUGGCCACCCCCACUGCAAUCCAGAGCCCAGAUCUAGCUUGUCCAGGGGGUCCAGCGCCCUAGAAGGCAGAAGAGGUUCUGAAAACGGGAAACCAGGAGGCCCCCUGA